ACUUCAUCCAAAACACCCCUAACCCUAAUAAAGACCUUGGUGGUGGCGCGCUCUCCUUCACGCCGACCAUCUGUACGAGUAAGGUGUCUCUGAAUCGUAGGGUUUUCCUUCUUCCCCAUCCGUUACGAGCACAAGAAGAUGGCUGCUGAAGUUGCUGUCACGGCUGAGAAUGCCCCAGCUCUUGGAGAGCCCAUGGACUUGAUGACAGCUCUGCAGCUUGUGAUGAAGAAAUCGUUGGCCCAUGAUGGGCUUGUUCGUGGACUUCAUGAAGCUGCGAAGGCAAUCGAGAAGCAUGCUGCGCAACUUUGCAUCCUAGCUGAGGACUGCAACCAGGCUGACUAUGUCAAGCUGGUCAAAGCACUAUGUGCUGAUCACAAUGUGCAUUUAGUGACCGUACCAAGCGCCAAAACACUUGGGGAGUGGGCAGGGCUGUGUAAGAUUGAUUCAGAAGGAAAGGCUAGAAAAGUUGUGGGUUGUUCAUGUGUCGUCCUCAAGGAUUACGGAGAAGAAUCAGAGGGCCUUCAUAUAGUUCAGGAGUAUGUGAAAUCACAUUGAGCGCAAUCACAAAAAAUGGAUGGAUUUAUUCAGACUUUCUAUGGCUGAAUCAGUUUUUGAGUUGUUAUUCUGUGAGAUUUUGUUUAUUGAGCUUGGCAUGGUUCUGUGGUUAUUUGAUGGGCUCAAUAAUCAACUUUCUUUUGCACUUUUAUCAAACUAGAUGAUUUAUUACUGCUUGGACCAGCAAUUUUCUAAAGGCACCAUUUUUUA